AUGUACAAACAUCAAACCAAAAGAAUAAAAGCUGCUGCUGGGAAGAUGUGGCCUUCAAAUCUCUCCAAGAUCAGGCAAUCUCUUAAAAAUGUUUACCAUAAAUUUAAUAACCAGCACCCAAAUUCAACUAGAAAUCCAACUCUAACUUCCUAUGGUUGUGAUCAAGAUGACAGUACUGAUGAAGAAAUGAGUGUUAUAGGAAUGCUCCAAGAUAUUAAAACUGUCCAAAUUGACCUCCUCAAGAAAAUGACUGACAUUGUCAGUGCAGUAUCAAAAUUCCAGGGAAAGAUUGACUUUUAUCAGAAGCAGAUGGAGGUACUAGAAACCAGAACGAAUGUUAAUGAAGACAAACAAUACACAAUAACUAAAGAUAUCUUCGCAAUGAAAGAAAACAUUGAUGCUUUAAAGAAGAAGGUAACAGAACUGGAAAACCAGAAUUCUUCCAGCAUACAUUCUUCAGAAUUUCUGGAAGGAGAAAAAGGUAAAGAGGUCAUGGAAUUACUUCACAAACUCAUACAAGCACAAACUUUGAAGAACACGUUGGCUUCUACAGACUCUGAAAUCUCUUCAGCAAAACCAGAGAAAUUGCCUAGUUAUUCUGAUCCCACUGAGGAAAAAACAAUUUCUCCCAAAAUUAAAAUUCUGAAGCAAAGUAACCAACAAAAUGCAUUAAGAAGCUUUAAAAAGGCAAACUCAAACAUUUAUAUUUACCCAGAUAUUAGUACAUGGAUCAAGCUAACUUUUGUCCAUGGAGGAAAGUGGAGAUUUUUUCUCAGUGCUACCAGGUUAGAAGAGUUCAUCCAGUGGCUUCUUUCUAGGCCAACCAUCCCUCCUGAAGAACCACAGCACAUAACCCAGAGAUACUGUCCACUCACGGGGCCUAUUGUGAGCUUGACCACAAUCUGUCUCUCUGUUUUCAACUACAUCUACUGUCUUUUUGGUUUUUUAAAGGAGGAAAUAACUCGACUAUAG